AUGGCCCCCUCUCUGCAAUUCCCUUAUCUUCUCAUCCUCACCGCCGCCGCCGGCGGUCUGCUAUUUUUUCCGGCGACAUCCCAAACCUGCAGAUCUCAGACGUUCAACCAAACAAACACCCGGUUCGCGAACUGUACGGACCUCCCCACCCUUCGUGCUCAACUCCACUGGACUUACGACCCGUCGGCCCGGCCCGAUCCGACACUGGAAGUGGCCUUUGUCGCCACCCCGGCGGGCCCCGACGGCUGGAUCGCCUGGGCACUCAACCCGACGGGAUCCGGGAUGGUCGGCGCACAGGCCCUGGCCGCCUUCAGGGGCGGCGCCGACGGGUCCGUGGUGGUGCGGACGUACAACAUCUCGUCGAAGGGCCCGAUAGCCGAGUCGCCGAUAGCGUACGGCGUCCUGCGGCGGAGGGGGGAGUACUCCGGCGGCGAGAUGAGGAUAUUCGCCACGCUGGCGCUGCCGGCGGGGCACGCUGCGGAGCUGAACCAGGUGUGGCAGGUGGGGGCGGCGGUGAGGAACGGCGUGCCGGCGAGGCACGAGUUCUCGUCGGAGAAUCUGGGCUCGAGGGGGAUUCUAAGGCUGGGGGGCGCGGCGGCGGCAGCGCCGACUCCGGCCGGCGGUGGGGGGACCGGAGGCGGGCGGAGGGUUUGUGCGGGUGGUAUGGGGUUGUACGGAGGUUUGGUGCUGCUAGGGGUAUUUUUGGUAUUGUAG